GCGAUAUCGUUGUGCUCAAUGGUGCUCGUGUGGCUGAGGAUUUGUUAGAAAAGCGAUCCAAGAUUUAUGCUGAUCGCCCCACUUGGCCGAUGGCCGACUUGAUUGGCCGUCAGAAUAAUGUCGGAUUUACAUACUAUGGUAACAAACUUCGGGCAUCAAGGAAACUACUCCACGCAUCACUGGGCACUGGCGCAAGAAACGAGUGGAAUCCCAUGUUAGUAGAAGAGUGUAAACAUGUGAUGAAGCUCUUGGUCGAUCAUCCAGAGCAUUGGAUGAGCCACGUCAAGUCACACGUUGCCUCUCUUGUGCUUCGCUUCACCUACGGUCGCAAAUUAUCCGAAGAUUAUGUUCGCAUGGCAGAAGAAAUCAACUUCGACACUGGGAUGGCACUUCAGCCUGGAUGGAUAGUAGAUUCUUUGCCGUUCUUGAAAUACCUCCCAACUUGGUUACCAGGCAUGCACUUCAAGAGAUGGGCAUUGACUGCGAGAUCGAGGUUCGAAAGAUGCACGCAAGAGCCUUAUACUGCAACCCGUUUAGCUGUCCUCAAUGGCACUGCUCCGCCAUCAUUUGUUGCCCGCCAUUUAACCUCGAUGGUUAAUUGUUUGUCGCCCUUUGAAGAGCAGGUCCUCAUGCACACCGCCGGAAGCGUAUAUGGAGCUGCAACCGACACUACAUCUGCUUUUCUCAUGUCGUUCAUUCUUCUUAUGGUCGUGUUUCAGGACAUUCAGGAAAAGGCUCAUGCUGAACUUGUCAACUUGGUCGGACACCAUAGGCUUCCCACCGUAGAUGAUCAGGCUUCGCUUCCUUACAUCGAGGCGCUCAUCAAAGAAAUACAUAGAUUUAAUCCCGUCAUUAAUCUUGUUCCACAUAGCCCGAUGGAAGAAGAUGAAUACGAGGGCUAUCGUAUUCCUCGUAAGUCUUGGAUCAUGUGCAACGUCUGGUCUAUGACCCAUGACCCCGAGAUAUACCAAGACGCCGAAGUCUUUAAUCCCGAUCGGCACCUUUCUGGGACGGUCAAAGAUCCGAGGCAAUUUACCUUUGGUUUCGGAAGACGGUCCUGCCCUGGUGUUCACUUUGCCAACGCCGAAACUUUCAUGUUCAUUACCCAUGCCCUCCUCUUAUUUAAGAUCAGUCCUGCGACAAACGUAAAUGAAGCAGAGACUCAUCCGCCAUUGUCAUAUACGUCAACCUUUACAUCCCAGCCGACACCUUUUGACUGCCUGUUCGAGUUGCGGGAUCCCAUCCUGAAGGAAUUCCUUUGUGUUUGAGUGGGUCAAUAAAUUGACGAGUUGCGGUGCCACAAGUUGUAUUCUAGAUUACCACCUCUUACACCCGUGAUUUCCAUAUUACAAUCUGUUGAUUGAAGCAGUAAAAAAACUGGACGAGAAUAUAGUUAUCCGUAGCUGACAAUUUAAAGGUUCGAAAGGAAACAUUGAACUGC